AUGCGAGUAGGCCGCACUCUUCGACGAGGCGACGGCGGUGCCCUCGGCCUCGCCUUCCCCGUCGCCGCCAUGUCGACUUCGCCGCCGACGGCAGUCGCCAUGGCGAUGGUUGCCGCUGCGGCCGCGGCGGCUUCUGGAGCCCCUGCUUCUUCACCCAGCUCUUCCCCGUCUUCCCCCGUUGUUUCUUCGUCUUCACCACCUGCACUCCCUAUCUCUCCGGCCGGUUUCUCUGCUUCACCCGCACGCUCUGUUGCCCCGUCUUCUUCCGCUCCUUCUGCCUCUGCCCGCGCCGCAUGCACUUCCUCGUGGUGUCUCUCGAGUGGUUCCUGCUCCUGUGUGGGCUCCGUCUCUCCCUUGUCCAGUUGCUUAUCUUCGCUUCUCCCGCCUCCGGUUUCUCUCUCCACACCGACGUCGACCUGCGCGUCUUCCGGCUCUUCGCCUUCUGCCGGCCUUGAAUGCGCUUCUCGCUUCUCAGCUUCGGUGUCUCUUGCUGCUUCGUGGGAGGCCUCUCGCUGCGCCAAUGGGAGGUCCGCGCGCUGGACAAACCCUGCCGAGGCGCGGAGCCGCCGAUCGACGGAGAAACGCGAAGAGGCAGCAUGCAGUCGAAACGCCCGAGACGCGGUGGGCAACGGCAGUCUUCAGAGAGCCCACGCGGCGGAGGUCAUGCAAACGGAACCUGGGGUGGAAGGAGGCUCUCCAGAGCGCACGCGAGAGGAGCGACAGGCGGAAGACAAGAGAUCGAACCUGAAGACGACUCGGACCGAGCUGUGGGCAUCGAAAAGCGGAGAGGAAACGCGGGGACGGGUGUGGUGGAGUCUCUCUGCUUUAAAGAGAAGUGCUGAUCUGCUUCGGAGAAUCGAAUCCGCUAUCGAGGAGGGUAAGCGUAGAGGGCGUGAACCGCAACGUUUUCCGCAUUUCGAGGUUGACGAGAAGGCGACACAGCCGGACGCGAGUGACAAGGAGACGGCGCCGCACCAGGACGCGGAGACACGGAGGGAUGGGAACUCCGCCGUGCACGGCGAGAAAGAAGAUGUGCUCAAGCAGCAGCAGGAAGAGAUGACGCCGGCCGUUACGGCGGAGUUGCUGGAGAAAGGCCUCCAAGUCCUCGUCGAUGCAUUCAGACUGUUUGGCCCGGAGUCUGUGAUUCUCUCGUUUAACGGCGGCAAGGACGCGGUUGUUGCUCUCCAUCUGUAUCGCGCGGCUCUCGCGAAAUUCCUGCUUGGUGAAGACUGCCUCGAGCGGACAGGUGAAGGCUCUCCUCCGGAAUUCUCGUCUCUUCUCGCUCGCGGCGAGGCACAGGAGAGGGCCGAAGAAGGUGCCCAAGAGGCGUCACUGAGUGGAGAGACAGGCGCAAAUGCCCCAGAGAGAAGGCGAGACAGAGCGAGGGCUGCAAACCCUGAGGAACGGUGCAAGACGGCCUGUCCGCCGAGGUCAAGAGCAGCCCAAGAGAACGGAGCGGGACGCGAAGAAGAGGCAAUCGAAAACGAGGGACGAAGACCACAGCGCGUGGUGACUCUUACCGGGUUGCCCAGACCGAAGGCAAUCUACUUUCACGGCGAAGAAGAAGAGUUUGAAGAGGUUGCUGCUUUUGUGGAACAAACGGCGAAAGAAUUUGAACUGGAUGUCAGCGUCUACCACUGCGGCCUUGCGGAAGGCGUCCAAGACUUCGUCACGCGCUUUUCGCAUUUGCGCCCGCUGGCCUUCGUUUUAGGCAGUCGGGAAGGCGACCCGAACGCGGCGCAUCUGCUGCCGCUGCAGGUUUCGAGUUCUUGGUUACCGGCUUUCCUGCGAGUGCACCCGCUUGUUGGAUUCCGGUACGGACACGUCUGGUACGUCAUUCGUCGAUUCGCGUUGCCCUAUUGCCCGCUCUACGACAGAGGCUACACAAGCAUAGGACGAAAAAAUAACACGAAACCAAACCCUCGUCUUCUCCGUCCGGAAACGGGGCUGCAUGCGCCUGCGUAUCUCCUCGAAAACUGGGCAGACGAGCGAUCGGGAAGGGACUGA